AUGACUCACAACAUUGGUUUUAUAAUUCGACAUUUUACAAACGAUAUUCUUCUCAAUGUUUCGACAUCAGUGAUUGUGAGACCAAAUGGAUUUUAUUUCAACGAUUCCAAAGAACACUUGAAUGUAUUCGUCACUUUAGUUCAAAAUGGUGUUUAUUACAAUGAUGCUUGUGAAUCAAUUUCGAGAAAAUAUUUAGAUCAAUAUCCCGAUUCGAAAGUUUUGAUCAUGAAAGAACCAAGAUUUGAUCGAUCUGUUCGAGAACUUUGGAAUUUACUCGGUAAAUGCGAAGAUCAAACUGCUUUCCAACGCUCACAUUAUAUUCGGUAUUCAUGGUGGAGCUUUAUCAAACAUCAAUUUCGUUCCAUCAAAAACCAUUGUCACUGA